UAAAAUAAGAAAAGUCAAUUAGCAUAACAUAGUUUUUCUUUUCAGUUUAUUUUGAUUGAAUUAAAUUGUAGUAUUUAAAUAGCUCACUAUAUUAUUUUUUGUAUAUUAAAAUCAUUAAGUUUUUUUUUUUUAUUUUUAUUAUAUCAAUAUUGUCAAGAUCGGGAUCCCAUAUAUGAUCGUUUUUAAGUUUGCAAGUUCGGGUUCGGGAUCCUAAGAUCACACAAAAUAAAACAUAAUAUGAACUUAUAAUUUUAAAACAUAAAAAAUAUCUCAAACAUUCAGUUUCCGUUCAAAAGCUAUAAAAACAUUAAAAUAUUAGUCACAACUCAUAACACAAAUAAUAAAUGGUAAACCGGUAAAAGAAAAAAAGACAUAAAAUGGUGAAUUUUUUUUUUUUUUUUCAUUUAAAAAAAAUCAAGUGGAGGUAGGAUCUGAUCGGAUUCUGAUUCUAUGAUCCUAUCUAUGAUCUUACGAUCUUACCUACGAUUAUAUCUCAAAUAUGAUCCAUAUACAAUCUGACCCAUUUCAUACUUAGGAUCGUAUGAUCCCACGGUCAUUUUGACAACCUUAGAUUAUAUUAAUAUUUUAUAACUACAUAAAUCUAAAAAGCUAGUUACAUAACAUGUGUUGAAAUGACUUCUAGCCCAACGGUAUCAGGUGUUGUCCUCACUCCUUGAGGUUGAGGGUUCAACAUAGGUAGAUUUAAGGAGUAGUAUAUGAGUAGGUGUGGGGGUGGGGGUAGGUGUGAGUUUGUGUGUGUAUGGGUGUGUGUUUGUGGGGGUGUGGGUGGGUAUGUGUGUGUGUGGGUGCGUUGGUGGGUAUGCAUGAGUGUGUGUGUGUGUUUGUGGGUAGGUAUGUAUGUGUAUGUGUGUUUGUGGGUUCGUGUGUGUGUGCGCGGGUGUGUGUGUGUGUGUGUGUGGGUGGGUAUGUAUAUGUGUGUGUGUUUGUGGGUUGGUGUGUGUGUGUGUGUGCGGGUGGGGGUGUGUGUGGGUGGGUAUGUAUGUGUGUGUGUUUGUGGGUUGGUGUGUGUGUGUGCGGGUGGGUAUGUAUGUGUGUGUGUUUGUGGGUUGGUGUGUGUGUGUGCGGGUGGGCGUGUGUGUGUGUGGGGAUGGGUAUGUAUGUGUGUGUGUUUGUGGGUUGGUGUGUGUGUGUGGGGAUGGGUAUGUAUGUGUGUGUGUGUUUGUGGGUUGGUGUGUGUGUGGGGGUAGGUGUGUGUGGGGGUGGGGGGUGUUAAGGCGGGGGUAAGUAGAGGUGGAUGGGGUGGGAGUGGGUGUGUGUUUAUAUUUUAGAAAAAUUUUGGAAUUAGAAAAAUGUAGAAAACAAUGAUUAUCAGUUUUCCAAAAAUUUCCAACCUCUUUGUAAUUUUAGAAAACGGAAAAUUUUCAUUUUCCGUGAAAAAUUUAGAAAAAUAGACGAACUAAACGCGUUUUCAAAAUUCUCACUUUUCUUGGAAUUUUUUUUCGAAAAACGGCCUAUUUUUCCACAACUAAACGCACCCUUAGGUUGCGUUUAGUUACGGAAAAACAAUUUUCAUUUUUCGUUUUUUGUUUUCCCUUUUCGAUUUUCGUUUUUCGUUUUCAUUUUUCAUUUUCAGGUUUAGAAAAUUAGAAAACAUGUUUAGAUGUGUAUUUUUCUAUCGGUUUUCAUUUUUAGAAACAAUAGCGGUGGUAGGGUGUGGAUGGGGGCGGUGACGGUAGCGGGUCGGCGGCGGUGGUGGUGAUGACAGGCGAUGGUGGUGGCGGCGACAAUUAUGUCAGUGGUGGUGAUGGCGGCGACAGCGGUGGUGGUGGUGCUAGUGACGGGUUAGUGGUGGUGGUGGUGGUGAUGGUGAUGGUAGGUUGGUGAUUAUCGUGGUGGUGUUGGGUUGGUGGGGGUCCGAGUGUGUGUUUGUGUGUGUAUAUGUGUGUUUGUGGGGGUAGGUGUAGGUUUGUGUGUGUGGGUGUGUGUGUCUGUGAGGGUGGAGGUAGGUGUGGGUUUGUGUGUGUGUUGGUGUGUGUUUGUGGGGGUGUGGGUGGGUAUGUGUGUGAGUGUGUUUGUGUGGGUGUAGGUGCAUUGGUGGGUAUGUGUGUGUGUGUGUGUUUGUGGGGUGGGUGUGUGUCUGGGUGGAUAUGUAUGUAAGUGUGUGUGUGUGUGUGUGUUUGUGGGUGUGUGUGUGGGGGUGGGUAUGUAUGUGUGUGUGUGGGUUGGUGUGUGUGUGUGUGUGUUUGUGGGUUGGUGUGUGUGUGUGUGUCUGUGUGUGUGCGGGUGAGUGUGUGUGGGGGUGGGUAUGUAUGUGUGUGUGUGGGUAGGGGUAGGUAGAGGUGGAUGGAGUGGAGUCGGUGUGUGUUUAUAUUUUAGAAAAAAUUUGGAAUUAAAAAAAUGUGGAAAACAAUGACACAAAUCUUCUUCUUCGUUCUCCACCAAACCUCUCUGUUGCGACACCGCCUCCGCCAAAGCCUCCGUCGGUGAGUUGCAGGAUCCGUCGGUGGGUUGCUGAUGUUGCAGUACUUCCACCGCUUCUCAUCCAACCCUUCUCUUUGUUUCUUCUUCGUAUGUCUGACCAUCGGAAGCCACCACCUGUGUCGACGAUGAUUGAAAGAGUCCUUGAUGUUGUCACUUGAUGGAGGGGGAGCGGUUUCUUCUGGAAGCAUAACAUGAGUAAUUAAUAUUUUGGGCUGCAUCAACAACCUCCACGUGUAUUGCAAGAACUUUCAUGGAUGAAAUUGCUUACAGAGUACAAUCAUUGCUUUAUUGGAUAUUUGGAACGAGGAUUGUUUUGUAUGUCAAUGAUAUUGCUAUGAUUAGGUUGUUCUACCGGGAAAAUAGAGACAACACCGGUCUGUUCCUCCGAUUCAGCUCAUGCCAACCAUUCCUCCAGAUGACAUUUUUAUUGUUAAUGAAAUCGAAGAAGACGGUGGAGGGAUGGGGUAAGUAUGAAGAUGUUCUUUCUGUAUUUAUUGUAGAUUGCAUUGCACUUUCAUUUAAAACUACGUGGAUAUAAGAUUGUAUUUUCAUUGUUUUCGAAAACUUAUUCAAAUAUAGCAUUGUACUUAUUUUGGUAGCAUGAUCUAUCAUUACAUUUCCAUUCAUCCGAUUGAUGGAAAAUUACACAGAAUAGCAACAUACUUUAAUUUGGAUACCAAUUUAUGUAAUGUACUUCAUUAUUUGUCUCAGAAAACGAACACAUUCCGCCUCGCGCAACGCGCGGAUAACCCCUCUAGUUCUUUUUAGUUAUUUAGUUGUAAACUAAUAAUCUAAUCAAAGUUAAAAAUCAAUAUAAUAGUUUAAUAAACAUCAAAAUUAAA